AUUAUAUAUCGUUAUCGUAUUAUUCUAAUUGUAUUUGACAGCUGACGGUUGUCCAAUAAGAUACGCAGCGCCGCGCGGUUGUGUUGAGUGUUCAAUUUCAAUGGUUUAAUUGUUGCCUUUGAAAGAAAAAAAAUGUGCACGUUACUUUAAUUGCAACAAAAUUAGUUUUGUAAAUAAAUGCAAUGCUACGAAAGCAGUGAUUGAUGAUACAAAGAAAAAAAGCGCAUUUGUCUAGAUAAUUUAUUGUUGCGCAGUUUUUUAUUUACAACAAUUUACUUGGUAUAAUUAUAAUUAUUGAGAGUGCCGGCGGUUGCCCCGUGUAAAUACAUACGUAUAAAAUGACAAAUAUGCGCCCACCGCACAAAACCAAACUACUCAAGGUCAUCAUACUGGGCGACGGGGGCGUGGGCAAAUCGGCGCUUCUCACCCGUUUCGUAUCGAACCGGUAUGAUGAGAACAACUUCCAUACCAUCGGCGUAGAGUUUAUGAACAAGGACAUUACAGUGGACGGCGAGAAGUACACUCUGCAGAUAUGGGAUACAGCUGGACAGGAACGAUUUCGGGCACUGCGUACACCUUUUUAUAGAGGUUCUGACAUUUGUCUGCUUUGCUUUGCCUUGGAUGAUCGGGAUAGUCUCCGUGGACUGAAAUUGUGGCGCAACGAGUUUAUCAACUAUGCGGAUGUUAAGCCGGACAGAUUCCCCUUCAUUGUGGUGGGCAAUAAGAAUGAUAUUCGAGAGCAGAAACGACAAGUGAGUCGCGAGGAUGUGCAACAAUGGUGCACGGAUCAAUCGAUUGUGUCACACAUUGAGACCUCCUCGAAGACGGCAACGAAUGUAACGGACGCCUUUAUGCUUGGCCUGCGCCAAUGGAAGGCAAUGGAGUGCGUGGCGGAAGCGGAACAGCGACAGAAUGGCGACUCCAUCGAUUUAACGCGUCCCAUUCGGUUGAUGCAACGUCGCCAUUGCUGCACCGGCGGUGGUGUGAGUAAAACCGCUGACGUCGUCGAUGCGGAUGUUGAUGAUGGGCAAAUUGCAGAUGCUGCCAUGCGUUCACCCUCCUCAAUGUCACGCUACUUGUUUGGUCAAUCACGUAGUUCGCCCAAGGCGCCAUCAACCAAUUACCGUCUGUAAGCAGACAGCGACAGUAUGACAAACAAGUUUGUUUUUCUUUCUAACUUUUUAAUGCUUAGCCAGAGGCAAUCAUUAUAUUCCAGUCGGGUUAAAUGAUAGUUGGCCCGAGUCCUAGCACAGACCAAACACAUAUUAAAACAAAUGUAGUAGACAGAUUAUGAGAUUAAGGAACAAUCAACAAUCGAUUAACGUUUAGCGAUUUAAAUGUAACGAGCGAAUUUAAUAAUCGUUUGCAAACCAAUUAUGAAUUGUUUAUAACAGUUUCAAACGCUGCAUCGUAUAUAAAUUAUUCAGCGACGAGUAAUUUAUAUAGCUUGACUUUUAUAAAAGUUUGUAAGCUGACUGUAUAACAGACAUGUACAACUUUCAAUCGGUUGAUUGUCUGGCUAGUAUUUUGUGGACAGCAACUUAAAUAACAAUCUGGAACUGUUUAGAAUGUUUUCAUAAAACUUUGGCAUAUUGCAUCGUUUUUCUUGAAUUUAUUGACGAACAAUUUAUAUAGAAUUUAUAAAACAGAUAUGGCUUUCGAACAGUCAAAUUCGAUUAGAUGACGAGUAGCUAAGUUUUAAUAAUAGUUUGCUUGCAUAUUAAAAUAUAUACUUUACAAAUUUGUGUAAAAUGCUUAAUUGGAAAAACGAACACGAAGGAAUAAAAGUUGAACUUUUAUUUCUGUAUGGCAUUUAACUCAAAAACUCAACUCAAUUUGAGUAGCGAGUAGAUUAAAAGCGAGAACGUCUAAAAAUUUACUACAAGUGUAUAACAGUUGUGCCUUUCAAUCGAAUCAAUUGAUUUGAUCAUUUUGCAUAUACUUCUAUUAUACAAUUUUUUAAUGUAUACAACAGGAGACGUAAAAAAGUAGCUUUUUAUGCGACGAAUAAAGAAGUCGACAGCUAAAUAUAGACGUAAGCAUUACAAACCUAUAUAUGUGUGGGAAAAACUUAAUCUCAGACCAUUAAAAUUACAUUUUUUUGCCAAUUGUGUGUGAAACUAUGAAUAUUGCUUUGUAUGACAGUCUUGACAUCACUUAAAAACCUAUUGAUAUGCAGCCAGUGUUAUACGAAUGUAAACUAUUAUUUGUUAAAUAUUUGGAUGAACAAAGUCAAAUAAACUGAAAUAAAAACAAAA